AUAUAUAAUUAUAUGUUAAAUUAAUAAAUGUAUAAGAUUAUACAUUUAAAAUUCUAUAUUUAGUCAUAGAUAUACAUCUAUUUGUAUAUAAGCUAGAGCGGAUCAGACAUCCACCUCUAAUUUUUUAAGUAUUGUGAUUUGCUUCUAAAAUUUACGAAUAAUCAAAUUUUUCUGAUUGAAUCAAAAAUGAAUAAGGAAACUAAUCAAAAAUUUAACGGAUAAAAUGUUCGACCUCAGCAUGCAUGUAUUGAAGGAUCCAUUACUAUGCAAUCAGAAGAUUUCUCCCUUCUGACAUGCAGGGAGCAAUGUUAUAAUUUUACAUUUUAAAAAUACUAUUUGUCUAUUUGGCUAAAUUGCAUCAUUAUUUAAAUAGUUAAAAAUAUCUAUUUGACCAAAAAAUCUCUAUAUAUACAUUCCAGACUCUCCAUGUUGCUUAUCACCUUUACAACUUUCUCUCUCUAAAGAUUUUAAAAGCUUUUUUCUUUCUUUCUCUAUACUCUAUAGAAUACGAUGGCUGAAACAACUCCAAUCAAGCGCCACCGAGAAGAAGAAACUCUAGCCGACGAAGAAGCGACAAAGCGACAGAAGCCUUCUUCUUCAUCUUCUUCCUCUUACAACGACCAGAUUCUCUGUCUCCUCGACGAUUCAGACGAACUUAACCGACCCAACAAUGACCUAACUUCCUUUCUAAACGCUCUCCAGCAAGAAAUCUCAUCAGAUGACAAAAACGCUGCCGUUUCUAGAGUCUCCAACGUUGAAGAUUCGUCGACUUCCUGUGUUUCUUGGAAGGAAGACGAUGUCGAUGAUGAGAACAAUGAGAAAGUGAUACAGCAUCUUUUGGAAGCUUCUGACGACGAACUCGGGAUCCCUAACACCGGUUUUGGCGAGAGUAAUUAUGACAUGAUUAAGAAUGAUAUUAAUCAGGAUUACGUAUAUGGAAAUAGUUUGUUAGAUGGGUUCGGUGAUGCGUUUUGGGAGCUUGAAGAUGAAGCUGCUAAUUAUUAUACGUUGCUGCAAUCUGAGUUGUUCUUGUAGAAAGCCUAAAAUGGUAAAUCUCGGGGGGAAGUAAAUCUAGAAAAAAGGCCAAUGAUAAGAAAAGUGGGUCGGUUUUUUAUAUGGAUUUUAAAUUUCAUUUUUAAGGCACACUUCUUUUGUUUUGGCGGAACGAAAUAUCAUUUUAAUUGUUUGAUUAAUUUGCAGUGGGGAAAGAGAUAAUGAUGUUAUUUUUUUUUUUUUUUUUUUUUGAUAAGUAUGAUGUUAUUUUCUUUCUUUAUUCAUAAUCACUAUACUUUUUUAACUCUC